CACCCCCCGCAGGCCGCAUACCAUCCGUCUUGUCCUUUGACCUCCUCCCCCCUCUCUGGUCAGAUCAAAUCGAGCCUGCCCUUCUCGCUCGCGUCUCCACUCCAUUUCCCUUUCCCCCGAGGAGGCCGCCGCCGUGACCUGAGAGCACACGCACGCACCAUGUGGCGCCGCCUCCAAACCCUAGCCCCCGCCCUCCGCCGCGCUGCCGCCGCAGCCGGCGCGGCCCCCUCCCCGGCCAGCGCCCGGGCCGCUCCCCUCUCCACGGCGGUCGCGGCCUUCCGCCGCACUGGGCUCCUCCUCUCUGCGGACAAGCCGGCGGCGUCAGGGACGAGUGUGGAGGACGUCAUGCCCAUUGCCACGGGGUUGGAGCGCGAGGAGCUCGAGGCGGAGCUCCAGGGGAAGAAGCGCUUCGACAUGGAUCCUCCUGUCGGUCCCUUUGGUACCAAGGAGGCACCGGCCGUCAUUGAGUCCUAUUUUGACAAGAGAAUAGUAGGUUGCCCUGGUGAUGAAGGAGAGGAUGAGCAUGACGUCGUAUGGUUCUGGUUGAAAAAAGAUGAGCCACAUGAAUGCCCAGUCUGCUCACAAUACUUUGUGCUUAAGGUCAUUGGUGAUGGUGGAAAUCCAGAUGGGCAUGAUGAUGAUGAUGAUGGUCAUCACCACUAAGGAUGCCUCGUGGUUCUGAAAA